AUGAGGUCAGCUUAUGAGUUGAGUUGUGCUGUACUACAGGUAUUGUUACGAAGAUUCCAAAUAACCCUCAACCUUUCUAUGUAUGGAGUUUUGGACUUCUUAAACUCGAAGAAGAUGACUGAUGUUGGGCCGAUGGAUUUAAUCGAUGAUGAAGAUAGUGAUGUAGAGGAAGGAAUUGACAAACAAACCAGGACAAAGUUGGCCUAUAAUCUGCCAGGGUCUAUGCCAAACAAUGGAAGGCCAAUUAUCCGGACAAAGUGCCUAAAAAUUGCACCAACUGGCCGAAGUUGGGCAGCAGCAACGACAGAGGGUGUUUUAAUCUAUUCAAUGGACGAAUCUUUUGUUUUUGAUCCCACAGAUCUUGACAUGGAUGUUACACCAGAGGCAGUUGAAAAAGCUCUAUCUGAGGAUCAACACCAGAGGGCUUUGUUUCUCAGUUUCCGUCUAAAUGAGGAUUCUCUGAUUAAACACUGUAUAAUGUCUGUGAAACCAACAGACAUACCAGCUGUUGCUUCAUCAAUCCCCUUCAGAUAUUUACAGAGGCUAAUGGAAGCACUAUCAAACCUGUUGGAAAAUUCUCCGUACCAGGAGUUUAUUCUGCGGUGGUGUCAGGAAUUCUGUAAAGCUCAUGGUCACUCGAUCCAGGAAAACUUCAGAACUCUGCAUCCAGCCCUGAGAUCUCUGAACAAGGCAAUUACUAGAUCACACCAGGAUCUAUCCGAGACCUGUUCAUCCAAUUUGUAUUCGCUUAAAUACUUAACCUCUACAAUCACAAAAAAUUGA